AUGCAAGCAAUCGGAGAAAUAUCAAAAUCCCGCCGGAUCAUUACGGUUUUGAAAAACCCUUCGCUGUGUUUAUUUAACUCACUGGAACGAGUCAACUCAUCUCAAGCCGCUGAAAAUGGUUCUGAACUCAGUUCUCCCGCUUUAUGUCGCCACUUUCAUUUCACCACCUCAGGGUUUCUCCGUGGGAAUCAUUUACCAGUGAAAUCAUAUUGUCUAAAAUGUAUAAUGCCAAUUUCAACACAUUCAAUGCUGAUGUAUGCACCGUAUUCUACAGAAGCGAGUGCAGUUGAAAAUGAUUCUGCGGGUGAUCAUUAUUUUUUGUUGCAUGCUAAACAACACCGUGAUGUCAAACUCAUGGUAGAAGUGAUGAAACUUGUGAAGAAGAAUGAGUUAGCUUUGCAACCUGGCAAGGCAGAUUUAGUUUUCAGAAAGUUGGAUCUGAUCUCUAAAUACGGAAAAGGGUUUGUCACAUCAGGAGUAAGCCUUAGACAGACUUCCUUUGAUUUGUGGAUGGAAUUUGCUGCCAGGAAAGGAGAUUCUGUUUCCUUAUGGAAAAUUGAGAAGUGGAGAUCAGAAACUAUGAAACAGCAUACUCUUGCAACUCAUAUUGUGGUCGCAUAUUGA